GACCUCUUAUUCUUAAAAUUCAGUUACAAAGAUUGGUUUCACUUUCCCGUUCCAGAAUUUUCAUUCCUUCUGAUAUUUGUUUCCCUCACUUUCUCUCCCUCCGAACAGCCUCGAAUCUUUUCUUUCGCUGCGAGAAAUGGAGAUGGCUAUGGAGGAUUCGUCUUCUUCCCAUGCUCUGCUCUCCAUGGCUCGCGCCGCGGUCACGGUGAAUGGACGGUCUCCGCUGUUUCCGACGAAUCCAAUAAUAAGUACGCAACGAAUAUGUAAAGUUAGUGUUUUCUAAAGCUAUUUGCUUUGGAAUUUGGAAGUUUUUUCUGUGAUUUGCUUUUCUCUGUUCGGAGCUGAAAUUCGUGGAACUGAAUUGGAGAACUCUAGGGUUUCGAUCGAUUUCACUCGAUUGGAGAGUUUAAUUUCAGGUUGACCUCUCAGUUUUAGAGGCUUUCUUUAAGUUUGUAGAGCUAGACUAGACUUCUGGAGUUUCUGGAUAGUUCUUUUGAAAUUUGAGCUCCUUAGGCCUCGCAUGGUUUAUGAUUCAUGAAAUGUCUGUUCCUUAUAUUUUGACGAAGAUAUGAGUUGAUUUCUAGCAUUUGGAAGAUCUCAUGUCAAGCUUUAGUUUUUUAGGGUGUCACAUGGUUCUUGUAACUACUGUUGUUUUGGAUUUCUAGAUUUCGCAUGGCUCUUGUGAGUGCUCUUUGCUUUGGAUUUCUAAGAAAUUAUGAGGAUUCACAUUUUGACUUUAUGUAAUCUGUAAAGGAUUUGGGUGGGAACUUGAACUCUUUUCUGGCGGGAAAAUUUUGAAUGGCUGGAAAGUGGGAAGUAGGGUUUCCGAAGACAAGUUCUUGUAGUCUAAGAGAACAGGCUGCUAGAUCCAUUCUUCGCAAUGUGAGGACUCAGGGGCAUACAUAUGUCGACCUUAGGGAAGAUGGAAAAAGAUUCGUUUUCUUUUGUACUUUGUGUCUUGCACCGUGUUACAGUGAUACUAUAUUGUUUGAUCACUUGAAGGGGAAUCUUCACGCUGAGAGGUUGUCCACUGCUAAGGUUACGCUUUUGGGACCAAAUCCAUGGCCUUUUAAUGAUGGUGUUCUGUUCUUUGACAAUCCAGUGGAGAGUGAUAAAGAGCUGGGAGCUUUAAAUGGUAAUAAAAGUAGGUUUUUGGAGUUGCCAAACAAUGGUGAUAAUCUUGCUAUUGUAAGAUAUGAUGAAAAUUCGAAAACCACCAGUAAUGGGCAUGCAGGUGUUCGUUUAGAUACUAAAAUUAGUUCUUGUGAUGAGAUAUUGAAUUCUGAUGGGGGGAAUGCCUGUGUGAUAAUUUCUGGAGUGCGGAUUUGGGAUGAAAUUUCUGAUAUUGAAGUACAGGAGGUUGGUUGUGGAAAAAUUGCUGCCAGGUUCCGUGAGAAGGACAAGGUUUCGAAUGGGGUUUGUAGAAUAUGGUGCGAGUGGUUGGGAAAAAAGACUACUGGAAAUGAGGAUAGCUUGGAGGUUCCAGAGCAUGAUUUUGCUAUUGUUACUUUCCGUUAUAAUGCUGAUAUUGGUAGCAAGGAGCUGUUUGAUCGUGUGAAGCCACUGCUGUUGUCUAGUCCACCAGAAUCAGAGUGUGUGGAGGGUGCUAGUAGGAAAAGAAUGAAAUCAUUUUCUGACCCUGAGGACAUCAGUGAGUUCUUCAAUAAUCAGUAUGCUUCAUCUGGGGAAGAUUCUCCAGUGUCAAAUGUUGCCUCUUCAAGAUUGCUUUUGGCUCACUAUGAUGAUCAGCUUCUGCAUAAGAGGUUUAUUUCAAGUAAGGCUAUGAGGAGAGAGUUGAGACAGCAACAGCGUGUAGCAGCAGAAAGGAUGUGCGAUAUCUGUCAACACAAGAUGCUUCCUGGGAAAGAUGUAUCAGCACUCAUGAAUGUGAAGACUGGAAGGCUUGUUUGCAGUAGUCGAAAUGUGCAUGGGGCAUUUCAUGUAUUUCAUACGUCCUGCAUUAUACACUGGCUACUUUUUUGCGAGUAUGAAAUAAUUACAAAGGAGUUAGUUAGUCCAAAAUUGAGGAGAAGAAGAUCUAAGAGAAAUAAUGCAGCUAAAUGCGAGGAUAUAGGAAAGGAUGGAGAGGUGAAAGCUACAGGAAGAGAGAUAUAUUCUGUUUUCUGCCCAGAGUGCCAGGGCACUGGAAAGAUAAUUGAAGGAGAUGAGCUGGAGAGACCACCCAUAUCACUUUCUGAGAUGUUCAAGUAUAAACUAAAGGUGAUUGAUGCACGUAAAGCAUGGAUGAAAAGUCCUGAAGUGUUGGAGAACUGUUCAACCGGUUUUCAUUUCCCUUCCCAGUCUGGAGAUAUAACUCAGGAAAAGGUGAAACCCCUGAAAUUUCUGCGCUUCUAUGAAUCUGAUGUAUAGAACAGCCACAAGAAUCCUCCAUAUCAUGUACUUUUCAGUUUCACAUUAGCAGGUAGAUUUUUCCCUUUAACACAUAAUCUUUUGUACAUGUAACAUGAUUCCUAUAGAAACCAUGGGUAGGAUUUCAGAUAUAACCAGGAAUUCGUAAAUGUUAUAUAUUCCUGUCGUCCGACAGAAGUGCUUACACUCAGUGUACAUUGCUGGUUGGCUGUGGAUUUACUUUGAAAUGCAGAAUAGUUCCUAUAA